GGCCAAAUGUCGCGUCAAUCUGGCUACGAUCGUCAUAUCACAAUCUUCAGUCCUGAGGGACGACUAUACCAGGUUGAGUAUGCUUUCAAAGCUGUGAAGACAUCUGGGCUCACAUGCCUUGCCAUGAAGGGCAAGAAUACGGUUGUUGCAGUUGGCCAAAAGAAGAUCCCGGAUAAGCUCCAGGAUGGCUCCUUUACCAACUCCAUAUAUCGUAUCACCUCCAACCUAGGAGUUGUCAUAGCCGGCAUGCCAGCUGAUGUCCGAGCUCUCGUUAAUAGGGCUCGUCAGACUGCUUCCGAGUAUGAGGACAAGAACGGUUGCGAGAUCCCUUGCCACUAUCUGGCUAAGAAGAUCGCCAACUUAGCUCAGGUCUACACUCAGCAUGCAUAUAUGCGUCCAUAUGGUGUUAUUGCUCUGUUCUUCGGAAUUGACGAUGAAUUCGGCCCUCAACUCUUGAAGGUAGAUCCUGCUGGUCACUAUGUGGGCUGUAAGGCUGCUGCAGCCGGUACAAAGGAGCAGGAAGCUACAAAUGCGUUGGAGAAAAUAGUGCGCAAGAGAAUGGACACUGGCGUGCCCGAGGGCUCAGAUGAGACUGAGACCGUUGAAGAGGCCAUAGCCGCCUUACAGACAGUUUUGUCCAUGGAUUUCAAGCCCAGUGAUAUUGAGGUCUGCGUCAUGAGUACUCAGAACACUAGAUUUAGGAAACUCACCCCAUCGGAAAUCGAUGAGCAUCUGAACGCGAUAGCUGAGAAGGAUUAGGAGUGAUUGAUGUGAUCGUUGCUCAUUUAUACUACGGAAGUGUUUCGAAG